AUGUCGUCUGCAGGCUCCUCUGCACAGAUUCCGCCGCGCACCAAAAAACAGCGCGCCGGGCCAGCACCGUUCUACUUGCCAUUGAAUAUAACGCUCUACGUGUUCCUCAUCUCGAACUCGAUUGCCGCUUUUCUCGCUCCGAUUCAAGACUGCGACGAGGUCUUCAAUUUCUGGGAACCCACUCAUUAUGUCGACUAUGGAUACGGGCUUCAAACAUGGGAAUACUCGCCGGUUUAUUCGAUCCGAAGCUGGCUGUACAUUUCUCUCCACGCUCUCGUGGGGAAGGCUGGCUCGUUGAUUUUCCGUGACAAGGUUUCUGCAUUCUAUAUCGUUCGUUUCGCUUUAGCCGUCUUCUGCGCCUCCUGCGAGACAAAGCUGUACUCAGCAAUUUGCCGAACUCUGAACCCGAGAAUUGGACUUUUGUUCCUCAUGAUUGUCGCAUUCAGUCCGGGCAUGUUCCAUGCUUCUACUGCGUUCCUCCCGUCGAGCUUUACUAUGUAUAUGUCCAUGCUGGGUUUGACGGCUUUCUUAGACUGGAGAGGCGGGCAAAAAACAGCGCAGGGUAUUAUGUGGUUUGGAUUGGGUGCGAUUGUCGGCUGGCCAUUCGCUGGGGCGCUGAUUGUUCCGCUUUUGCUUGAGGAGUUCGUCAUUGGAUUCCUUGCAGGUUCUCUCAAGAAAGUGGUUUACAGCGUCGUUGAUGGGGCUUUGCGGUGUUUAGCCAUUCUGACCGCUGAGGUCGCUGUUGACUAUGUGUUCUUCCAAAAGUUCACCAUCGUCCCGUGGAAUAUCGUCGCUUACAACAUUUUUAGUGGCGAAGGAAGAGGUCCUGAGAUCUUUGGCACGGAGCCAUGGACGUUCUACAUCCGAAAUUUGCUGCUUAACUUCAAUGUUUGGUUCAUUUUUGCUAUGCUGGCUGUGCCACUGCUUGGUUUUCAGGCAAUCUUCCGGUCUCAGGCCACCAAUAAGCAGACGAUUCUACGAACCGUUACCCUUCUCACCCCAUUCUACAUGUGGCUCAGUAUUUUCAUUGUCCAGCCUCACAAGGAAGAGCGUUUUAUGUAUCCCGCAUACCCCUUCCUUGCUCUUAAUGCCGCUAUUGGAUUUCAUAUGCUCCUCUCAUUUAUCGGGUCUAGCAACCCGAAAGAGCUAAUAGGGCGGGUGCCUGCCCAGUUCAAGCUUGCUGUAGUCCUCUCGAUGGUUCUUCUGUCUAUCAAUGCAGGCUUACUGCGAACUGUCGGUAUGGUCACUGCCUAUAACGCUCCUUUGAAGGUGUUUGAACCUUUAGAAAAGACGGAAGUCCAGGCUGGCGAGCCUGUCUGUUUUGGCAAGGAGUGGUAUCGAUUCCCGUCGUCAUAUUUCCUCCCCAAUGGUAUGCGGGCGAAGUUUAUCAAGAGCGAAUUCAAGGGGCUUCUUCCCGGCGAAUUCCCUGAUGCCGCAGAUUAUCCCGCUCUUUUCGAUGGUGCAUCACAGACUCCCACUGGAAUGAACGAUCGCAACGAGGAAGAUCCUGGCAAAUAUGUCGGUGUCUCUCAAUGCUCUUAUCUGGUCGAUUCGUAUUUCCCCGGACGUGAAGCAACCGAGCUGGAGCCGCAUUACGUCGAAGACGAGUCACAGUGGGAGAAACUCUCCUGCAAGGAAUUUCUGGAUACCUCCCGGACUGGUCUCUUAGGUCGUCUGGUCUGGAUUCCUGAUCUACCGGUCAUCCCGGAUCGCUUCCGUCGGCAUUGGGGACAAUACUGUCUUCUCAAGCGGCAUGGUGUUGGCGAGGUGUAA